CGCUUCACGCUCUUUUUGUGUUGAAGAAAGGCUUUUAUUUCCCACAAUCCAUCCCUACUUCCUCUUCCGGUUGUCUCGCGCUACGUGUAGCAGACAGCGUGAAUAAAAAUGGCAAAGUCUAAGAACCACACCACACACAACCAGUCUCGCAAGUGGCACAGAAACGGCAUUAAGAAGCCUCGCUCUCAUCGCUACGAGUCUCUGAAGGGGGUGGAUCCCAAGUUUCUGAGAAACAUGCGCUUUGCCAAGAAACACAACAAGAAAGGGUUGAAGCAGCUCGCCAAGCAGCAAGCAACGAAAUAAACAGAUGCUGAACGAUUUGUCUGUACAGAUGUUGUUUAUACCAUCCACAAUAAAACUUUAGAAAGUGGA